CCAAGUAACCGCCACUUUUUUUUAGCGAGCAGUGAACAAAUGAAUGGAUCAACCCAUCCAUCCAUCCCAUCUACCAAGUAUUAUCCAUUGCCCGCCGCCCCUCAUCAACCCGCCAGCCAGUCACCCAGCUCCAUUCACUUGCUCACCACCUCAAGUGUCCGGCUUGCUUGCCUGCAUAAUAUAGUAUACACACACAAACAUUCUUACAUACCUCUUCAAUCAUUCAAGCAAUCCCCGCCUUGCUCUCUUCCACCACCACCACCCACGACUGUCGCACACGGACCCUUGCGCAGCCUUCACUUCCCUCCUUCCCUCCCCUCAUUCACGCCGCCACCUGCUUCCCUGCUGCUGCCGCAACCUUCGUCAUCACCAUCUUUCUUUCCCUUCCUCCUCCCUCGCCUUCCGCCCCUCCACCUCUCUACCCUUGGCGACCGGCGCGCAACCUUUGACCUCUCCCCUCUCUACUUUCGCUCCGCUGCCGUCUCCGCCGCCAUCGCUCAACCUUGGUUGCAACACAUUCCGCGCAAGUCGCCAUGGACCAGCUGGCUUAGCAGCGACAUGCUCGUCGACCAAGAAUUCGAGGAAAAGCACAAUGUGGCCAUCAUCACUCCCGAGUCAGACGAGGCCAUGGAUGACGUUGCCGAUGCCGAACCCGAGCCCCGCGCCGACGACUACGAAGCAUUCGUGAAGAAACACCUGCCCGAGCUGCCCGAUAUUGAGACGGAUAUAGAAGUGCAUCACACCUGGGAAAUCCGAGAAUGGCGGACCCUCACCAGGCGGGAACAUGGGCCCGUCUUCCAAUGCGGCACCCAUCCGUGGCGCAUUCUAUUCUUCCCCUAUGGCAACAACGUGGAUUUCGCCUCCUUCUACCUCGAGCAAGGCUUCGAGGAGAACCAGAUGCCCGAGGAUUGGUACGCCUGCGUUCAGUUCAUGCUCGUCCUUUGGAACCCAAACGACCCCUCCAUGUACAUUACCCACACCGCAACCCACCGCUUCACUGCCGAGGAAGGUGAUUGGGGCUUCACGCGAUUUGCUGAGCUUAGGAAGCUCUUCAGCCCGCACUGGGAAGACCGGGACCGCCCCAUGAUCGAAAACAAUGCCGCCAACGUCACCGCCUAUGUGCGCGUUCUCAAAGACCCCACCGGUGUCUUGUGGCACAACUUUCUCAACUACGAUUCCAAGAAAGAGACUGGCAUGGUUGGCCUCAAGAACCAGGGUGCUACGUGCUAUCUCAACUCUCUCCUGCAGUCCCUGUACUUCACCAGCGCAUUCCGGGAGGCCGUCUAUCAGAUACCCACCGACAACGAGGAGUCGCGAACGAAUAGUGCCUACGCUCUUCAGCGAUUGUUUUACAAUCUCCAGACUUCACCGUAUGCCGUCUCCACCACGGAACUGACUCAAUCGUUUGGUUGGGACUCGAAGCAGAUUUUCGAGCAGCAAGAUGUUCAAGAGCUGUCCCGAGUCCUUAUGGAUAGGCUCGACGAGAAGAUGAAAGGUACCGAUGCUGAAGGCGCGCUGGAGAAGAUGUUUGUCGGAAAGAUGAAAACAUAUAUUUCUUGCAUCAACGUGGAUUAUGAAUCCUCUCGGAUAGAAGACUUCUGGGACAUCCAGUUGAACGUCAGCGGUAACAAGGACUUGGAUGAUAGUUUCAAGGACUAUAUUCAGGUCGAAACCAUGGAGGGUGAGAACAAAUACCACGCCGAAGGAUUUGGGCUGCAAGACGCGAAAAAGGGUGUCAUUUUCGACACAUUCCCAGAGGUACUCCACCUCCAGCUGAAACGCUUCGAGUACGACAUCAACCGCGACGCCAUGAUGAAAGUAAACGACCGUUACGAGUUUCCCGAGAUUUGGGAUGCCUCUCCCUACCUUUCGAAUAACGCGGAUCGCUCAGAGCCUUAUGUCUAUCAUUUGCACGGUGUCCUUGUCCAUAGUGGGGAUUUGAACGCCGGUCAUUACUACGCUUUCUUGAAGCCUUCCAAGGAAGGCCAUUUCUACAAAUUCGAUGACGAUCGCGUGACCCAGGCCACCAAGCGCGAAGCUCUCGAGGAGAACUUUGGAGGUGACUAUACCCAGCCGAAUGGAAAUGUUGGCCAGAGGAACCCUUAUACACGAACAUGGUCAGCAAAGCGUUCCAUGAGCGCGUACAUGUUGGUAUACAUUCGGGAGAGCCGACUGGACAAGGUGCUCAUGCCCGGAAAGGAUAUCAUGGCGCCCAAUCACCUUGCUGAGCGAGUUCUCGAGGAAAGAGUAUUGAUGGAUCGAAAGCGAAAAGAGCGCGAAGAAGCACAUUUGUACAUGGACGUGACCGUGGCCUCUGAAGAAAACUUCAAGCAGCACCAAGGCUUUGACAUCGUUCCUUGGAAGAACGACACCGACUCCCCGGCCAACCCCAAGGUACACCGUAUAUUGCGAUCAACGACGGUGGCCGAGUUCAGCAAAACAGUGGCGGAGAGCCUUGGGGUUGAACCCGACAUGAUUCGUCCUUGGGCCAUGGUCAAUCGACAGAACGGGACCGUGCGACCCGACGUUCCCGUGGCUUUCCCUGAUAUGACAGUGGAAGAAGCGUCGAGUAAAUUCGGCACCAAGACUGCGCAGUUCAGGUUAUGGAUCGAAAAGACGAAGAAACGCGAUGCAGAUGGCAACCCGGUUUUCACCGACAGGGGUUCCGACGUCAAGACUGGCCAGGGAAACCGUUCGCUGAUGCUAUUCCUCAAGCACUUCGACACCAAAGCACAGACUUUGUAUGGUGUGGGAAACCUAUAUGCCGGUUACCAGGAGAAGGUCAGCGAUAUCAGUCCUCAUAUUUGCGAGUUGAUGGGUUGGCCCAGCGGCACCUCGUUCAAGCUGUCCGAAGAGAUCAAACAGAACAUGAUUGAAGCAAUGAAACCUAAGAGUACACUUGCCCAGUCAGAGAUCCAAGAUGGUGACAUUCUCACUGUCCAAAGGACGCUCCCGGACAAGGAGAUAAGCCAGGUGACUGCCAAUGGCGGUUGUGCUGAUGCGAAGGAGUUUUACGACUACCUUCUGAACCGAAUCAGCGUCGAUUUUGAACCGCGAAACGGAGACGACACAGAGCUUCCCAGUUUCAGCCUAGCCCUCAGCAAAAAGAUGACAUACGAUCAAUUUUCCGCAAAGGUUGCCGAGCAUCUUGGGGUGGAUCCCACCCACCUGAGAUUUACCACGGUUAACAACGCGGGCAAACCAAAACUGGCUGUCAAAUACUCUCAUCAAGGCACCCUAAGUAGCAUACUGUUCUCUGGGCCCUACAAUUACGCUGCCAGCACCACACAGCGGUCUGAUGCUAUGUUUUACGAGGUACUCGAUAUGUCUCUCAAAGAGAUGGAGUCGAGGAAAGCCAUUAAAGUCGUCUGGCUUCCAGAAGGCUUGAGCAAAGAGGAGGUGCACACCCUGAUGAUACCUCGAACCGGUAGCGUUGCCGAUGUUGUGGAGGCUCUUCAACAAAAGUGUAGUCUUAGCGAUGAUAUCGUGGCGGACAUGCAGGUGUAUGAAGCCCACAACUGCAAAUGGUUGAAGAGUCUCGGCUCCGAUUUCCAGGUCAUGGGCAUCCCAGACUACGUCCAAGUGUAUAUUGCUGCAUUCCCCAAGGAGGAGGAAUCGACGAAGAAGGUGUCGGUAUUUCAUUUCGACAAAGAGCCUUCCAAGGUGCAUGGUAUCCCGUUCCAAUUCCCACUCAAAGAAGGUGAAACGUUUGGUGACACCAAGCAACGUCUCUCGGAUUUCGUCAAGAUAAAAGGGAAGCAGUUUGACAAGAUCAAGUUCGCAGCUGUCACCAAGCCUCACUACUCGCGGCCUCAAUACCUCGAGGAUGACGACAAUCUUUGGGAUCUCGUUGAUAACAACGAUCUCAGUCUCGGCAUGGAUCACGCCAACAAGUCAAGGAGUUUCUGGGGCAAGUCGGAUUCCAUCUUCAUCCGAUAAGUGUCGUG